AUGUCACUUCUCCCCUCACUACCGCGCAGACCGUCGACAUGGAGUAUAUCCUCCACCUCUCAACCUCCCACACCUGCUGCGGGACCGAGGAACAUUAUCGCGAACAGUUUGGCAUCAUUCGAACCUCAAAGCCUCUUCAGACACACCGAACGAGUAAACUUAUCCCAAUCGUGUAGGGUCAGAAGAGGAUAUGCUCCAUUCAUCAAAGCAGACGCACUAUUGGUUGUCAGCAAAAGAGAAUCAGGAGACGAGGCUGCGAUCUUCAUCGUGACACCUCCUACACUUGUGGAAGCGGCCACGAUACUGUAUACUAUCCCGAUCAUCCCAGGCUUCAAACAUCGUCUUGAGCAGACACCACCUUCACCUUCCACCUCGUUUUUUCAGCAAAGCGCUAAGCCUCACAUAACUCUAUAUCUAAGCUGUGAAGAGCUGAAGCUGGAAUUACGAAUAUCCGCUAGUCAAUCUGCAAAAGUGCAAAAACUUGUUGCGGAACUAAGGCGACAGAACGAUGCUGCGGCGAAUUCGCCCUCUCCAAGAUCUCUGACUCAUUCAUGGUUAGAUCUCUACCCGGUCAAAACGCCGAAGGAGAAAGAUGAUGUGGAUGACUUAUUGUCACCGCCGGUAGAUAUACCAACAGACCUAACGCCAUCGACAUCGACCGCUACUAUUGACACGCCGGUCUCAUCGAGUUCUCUCAUAAAGGGGACAUCGGUGCCCGAAGGCGAAGAAGAAGAGCAAUAUCCUGAUCCCUAUUUGCCCACAUUCUCGCGCACGGAAUUCCUUCGUAAACGUUUAUUCGCGAGGCAAGAUAAGUGGUCGACUAACGAAGAGGUCAAAAUCCGUAUCGCAACAUAUAACGUGAACGAUAAAAUACCUCCCGAGGGCACCUUGGAACUCGCUCCUCUUGCCGGCAAGGGAGAAGAGGAUAUCUUGGUUUUUGGAUUUCAAGAAGCUGACCUUAGAAGACAAUCACUUCUUAUCUCGCAAGGCAAUUCUCGUGCGGAUGGUUGGGAAGCGGCCCUUUUCGCUGGAUUAGGUUCAAAGGCAGACGAGUUUGAGAAACUGGUGAUGACGCAAUAUGUCGGCGUUAUGAUGAUUAUCUUGGUACGGAAAACUCUGAAAGAGGCUAUCACUAGGGUGGAGACGAGUGAAAGAGGUAUCGGAUUGCUUGGAUUUGGCGGUAACAAGGCGGGUGUUGCCGUAAGAUUGAAAGUACACGAUACGACGAUGUGCUUUGUCAAUGCCCACAUGGCGGCGUUUGCUACUGCUCUCGACCGAAGACGAUCUGACUACCAGGUUCUGAGGACUGGUUUAACAUUUCCUCGUCCGAACGAAACAGAUCUUACCGCAGCUUUUGAAGAAUUCUUGCCAGAAACGAAAGAAAAACUACUAUCCCAGGAAGAUUCGCAUGUUCUAUUCUGGCUUGGAGAUCUUAAUUAUCGUAUCGAUUUACCGGAUAAUGAUGUGAAGAAACUUGUCGAGGACAAGAAAUGGGAGGACAUGUUAGUCAAAGAUCAGCUACGAGCGGAUAUUGUAUCAGGACAGUCCUUUGCUGGACUCUCAGAGGCAGACAUCAAGUUUCCUCCGACUUUCAAAUACGUGCACGGUAGCACAACGCAUGAUCUAGAGCGAGGGCCCGCAUACACUGACCGUAUCCUCUACGAUCUGCCUGUAAAUGAAUACACCCCUCCAUCGUCAUUAGGUCUGAAAUGUGAUGAGUAUACCUCACAUGACAUUCUCUGGUCAGAUCAUAGACCUGUGACCGCUACUUAUACCGCACAGGUCAGGCUAGUGGAUGAAAGUAGCAGAGGAGUGGAAUUGGCGUCUGUGAUGAAAGCAUUGGACAGAUUAGAAGAGGUUUAUAGGCCAAGUUUGGAGAUUGAAGGAACUAGCUUGGAGUUUGGCGAGAUCAGAUAUCGACAGCCAGUAGAGAGGGAAAUCAGGCUCCACAACAUGGGUCGUGUCCCAGCCACGUAUAACUUCAAACCUCCUUCGUCUGAUAAACCAAUCUGUAAACCCUUCAUGUGGCCUUUCCCUGCUACAGCAGUGGUCGAACCCGGUCAAGAAAUGAUCGUGAAAGUCGUUAUUCACGUGGAUGAGCUUUGGUCCUCGAAAAUGACUACUGGCACUGAGGAUAUCAACGAUGUAUUGGUUCUUCAGAUCACCGGAGGCAAAGAUACUUUUAUAACGCUUCAAGCUACAUAUCUUCAAUCUAUAAUCUCUCUCCCUCUACACGUUCUUUCAGCGCUUCCUUCGCCUAUCCGAAAUCUUUCCUUGGCAGAUCGAAAGGUGCUUGCUAGACCGUUAGCUCCAUCAGGUACUAAUGGUGAGGCUCCUGCUAAACCUGUCAGGGAUGUUUGGAGGCUGUUGGAGUAUUUGAUGGCGAGCGGCAAGGGUGUUGAAGGACUCUGGGUGGAAACAAGUGAUAUCAGGGAAAUCAUUGAGUGCCUCGAUACAGGAGCCGAAUUUCCUGCUGAUCAAGCAAAGACCAUUUCAAUUGCUCUUCUUCACAUCCUCACUGCUCUCCCUACCCCACUAUUGCCCGCCUCUCAUCACGCAACAUGUUCAGAAGCUGAAGAUCGAGAUUCGGCAUUUGCAGUGUUGGAAGGCGUACCACAAAUUAACACUAACGUUUUAAUCGGCUUGAUGAGCGUGAUCAGACUGUGUUCUAGUCCCGAAGACACAUACAACCCGGAGCAUCCAAAAGCGCAAGAUGAAACUGUGAAAGAGGAAGCGGAAGAUGAUAGCAAUAGAGAAGGUAUAUCUAAAGUCGAGUCCGAAAAUCGAACGAUAUCAACACCACCUCCUUCAACGCCAGUCCCCCUGGCCAAUGUGGUCGAUACUGGCGAAGACGACGAUGAUGAUGACGAAGCUACCUUGGAACUUAUUUCGCUGACUCACAGUCAAGAUAAAACAGCGGCUGAAUCGAAUGAAACCGAAAAACCAAUCAAGUUAUCCUCUCCACCCAAGAAAGCUUUUAUCACAUCUCAAAAAGAGAUCACAAGGUUGGACGAGCCGAAAACACCUCCUUCCAACUUGACUUCCUUACCUGAAGUCCCAAAGACGACCGAAGCAACCCAAGAACUGAUUGACGCAAUAUGCCCUGCUGUCUUUGGUCAAAUCCCAGCUGUUGUGACAGUGAGAGAAAAAAGAAGAAGAUUUAUCAAGCUUUUACUGGAAGGGUAA